AUGGUGCGCAAAAUAUUUCUUGGGGAGGAGUCGGCGCUGCCGGAAGUAAUGGAAUUUGUCCUCCGAUGGGUGGUGGGUCAGAAGCCUGAUGGGGAUUUGGCACACGCAACAUACGUCCGACAACUGGAAUGGAUUAGUGGACAUGAUGUACGCUUUCAUCCUUCGGAAGAAGUGUCGGAAGAUCGGAGUCUCGUCGAAAGAGAGCUGGCGCUCCCCGUGGCGGAUUUGAUCCCAAGGCAUCGGGCUGCGGUAGCUGCAGCCGCCGUCGCUGAUGCUAUCGACGAACCUGGUCAUGACGAGCUGGAACUUAACCGCAAGGAGCCGCCCGAACACCCCUCCUCUCCUCGCCCACUGCAGCACCAGGUGGGGCGCUUGGAUGUGGACCUCCAAGGAAGCAAGGAAAUGGAAUCAUUGCAAUCGGGGCUGGGAUUCGAGGGAACCAUUCAAAGACAGAAGUGUAGAGGUAUAAAUACAUUCGAAGAUGAUGACCUCAAAUUGGAAGAGCAACUCAAGCUUCUAAACAAGCCGCCGGUUGCGACAUUCCUGCGAGCAACCAUACGACACGAUCGUCCUGAAAUAAGAAAGUAUGGUACUAGCGCAUAUAUCUCCGUCUACAAUUUAACUGUAGCUCGAGAUCAGUAUAGUGCUCAUAAUAUAUGGAUUUCGACUGGACCUCUUGAUCGAUUCAGCAUGAUUGCAGCCGGUUGGCAGGUCCAUCCGGUUGUGGGUGGCGAUUAUCUUCCUCGACUGUUUACAUAUUGGACGGGAAAUAGUUGGCGCGAUGGUUGCUACAACACAUUCUGCCAAGGUUUUGUACAAGUGGAUAGAAUAAUAACUCCCAAUUAUCCAAUUAAACCAGUUUCUACCCAUGGUGGACCCAUAUAUGAACUCAAAGUUGAAGUCUCCCAGGACUUAUACACCGGGAGCUGGUGGCUCCGCAUUUGUGAUCGGAAUGUGGGCUAUUGGCCGAAGGAGCUGUUUGUGAACUUGCAGGACGGCACGCUCACCACGGCGUGGGGAGGAGUCGCGCAAGAAAGCGCGGAAGGGUAUUGCCCGCCCAUGGGCAAUGGGGUGUUGCCGGAUGUGGAUUACCGGAAAGCAGCUUAUUUCAGAGAUGUCCGGUGGAUGAAUGCACGUGGAGAGAGUUUUCCUCCUCGUGAAGCGAUGCCAGUGGAGGUGGACGCGGCACCCAGUUGUUAUGGUCUGCUAGAUCUGAAACUUAGGCCGGAUCCAUGGGGUUAUUACUUCUCCUACGGAGGUCCAGGAGGAUACUGUAGAGGGUAUUCUUUUUUGCGCGUGUAA